AUGACGCUCAACGGUUUCGGAAACGAAACCGUUGUUGGUUCAUAUAUUCCGAUUGAUGUGAUUCGUCGUCGAAAAGAACAACUUAAACGAGAAAUACAGGAAAUUCGUGAAAAAGUUGCUCAAUGUGAAGUUGAAAUGUCUAUAAUACAAUCUCAUAAUAAUAUAAAAUUAUCAGAUCCAAGCCGUUCAAAUAUUGAACAGAAACUGGAUAAUUUUCGUACGCGUUUUCAUGGACAUUCCUUGACAACUGAACCCAAACAUACAACAAAAUCUUCGAUAACAGAACCAUUAAAACCAAUGCCUUAUGUUUGUUAUUUUAAUGUAACUGUUUCACUUAAAAAAUCUCGACUAUUAAGUCGUCAACAUGGAAAUAUCAAACAAUUGUUAAUUGGCAAAAGACAAUUUAAUGAAAAUCCAAAUGAAGGCAUUCGUUGGCUUGUUGAAAAUAAUAUUUUUCCAAAUACACCAGAACAUUUGGCUGCAUUUUUAUUCAAUGAAACAGGUUUAAGUAAACGUGCAAUUGGUGAUUAUCUUGGAGAAAAAGAUGAUUCUCAUGUCGAAGUGCUUAAACAUUACGCUCACAUGUUUGAUUUCUUUUCAACAGAUAUUGUUGAAGCUCUCAGACGUUAUUUAUACACAUUUCUUCUUCCGGGUGAAGCACAAAAAAUUGACCGAAUAAUGGAAGCAUUCGCUCAACGCUAUUAUGAAUGUAAUCCAGAUAUUUAUGCUAAUGCGGAAGUAUGCUUUAUUUUAUCAUUUGCUAUCAUAAUGUUAAAUACAUCGCUGCAUAAUAAAAGUGCUCGUUUGGGUGGUCUUCUUACGCAUGAAAAAUUUGUCAACAGUUUAAAUGAAGCUAUUUCGCGUCAAGCUAUGCCAGAUUCAAAUCUAAUUAAGAAUAUUUAUGAUAGUAUAAAAAAUAAUGAAUUAAAAUUUCCUGAUGAUGAUAUUGACUUAUCUGAUGUUAGCGCAAGAAUGAAAGAAGGUGAUUCUACAAUAUUUAAAGAAGGAUGGUUAUGGAAACAAGGUGGUCGUGUUCGACAAUGGAAACGACGAUGGUUUGUUAUUACUGAUGGUUGUCUUUUUUAUUAUGAAUCUCGAACAGAAGUUGAUAAUCCUCGUGGUAUAAUACCAUUGGUUGAUGUUGGCGUUCGUGAGAUCGACGACGAUCGUACGAAACAAUUUUGUUUUGAACUUUUCCCACUUGCUGGAGAAAAAGUUAAAACAACAAAACCCACACCAGGUGAAACAGGAAAAGCUACGGAAGGUCAUCAUACAGUUUAUAGAAUGUCUGCAUCAUCAGAAGAUGAACGUAAAGAUUGGAUUCGAGCAUUACGCAUCGGAAGUCAAAAUGCUUUACCAAAACAGCGUUCAUCGUAA